UUUAUUUCCAGCAAAGCGAGCGGGUUAUACACAUUUUUAGUGGUCAUUCUGGCUUAUUGGUUAAUGUUAGGGUUUGGCAUAAGUUUAUUAUGGCCGACAUUACGGAAACGUUGUAGAAAAUUAAUCUGACAAUGGAGGAGGGUGAAGACUUUUCUCUGUGUGGGAAAGCAGCGGUAACCGAGACUAAUCUGAGAGAUGAUAUCUUCUGGAAGAUUGUCGCAGACUUCCUUGGUCCUCAAACAGGUGUGGGAUUGGAGCUUGACAAGGAGCCGUGCAAAAACAGAUUUUUGAUUCAAGUAGGACUCAUGAGAGAGGAAAAUAAUCUUCCCUGGACUGCCGUCAUAAACUGGCUUCAGAGGAUUUUCCCAGAGCGUCAGUCGACUGACUUUCGCUGCUUGAUUGAAAGAGGCAUCGCCACAACGCUGAGUCUGGGAAGCGAUGCCAGGCUGAACUUCCUGGAAUCAGACGUGAACUUUAAUUUCGUCGGGCCGAUCUGUGAUAGCAUUGGAGUUGAGCGAGAACAUCUUCUGGAGAUGAGAGAUUUCUCAGAGCGAGCAAAGUCCAUUGAAGUCACAAACGGGCUGGUUCUCGAGCUGAGUAAGUUUGUCACCAGGGAAAAAAUUGACCCGGUGCAUUUAGUCACUUGGCUCAGAAAUUUCAACCCUAAGUUUUGUAAGGAUGGGUAUAUUCAAAAGGCAAAUCAGUUCCUUCGGUCUAAAAUAAAAAAGUUAAAAUUGUGUUAUCGCAAUCAUGAAACAAGAAGUCACAGGAGAAAUGCAGCAAUGGAAAAUCUACUUCAGAGUCCGUUUGAACUGGUGCCAAAGAGAGCUGAGCGUAAAAUUGGCAUGAAGAAACAAAUGAAAAAAGACGCAGUACAAAAUUAUCGCAAGGUGAAAAUAAAAGAGGAGUAUGACAGUUAUGAAAGUAUGCAAGAUGAGGAGAAACCCUUCCCUCACCACGACUCUGAAAGCAGGAUAAAAGACGAAUAUGACUCCUCAGAAGAUGGAGGUGAUAUGGAGCAGUUUAGCAGAGAUAAAACUCCAGAUUACAAAGGAGAGGCUUUAACCCUUCUUGACAUUGCUAUGCUCUCUGUCCAGAAGCUGACAAGCGUGUAUGGUGGAAAAACGGAUGCAUCCAAGCAGGUUUCCAUGGACCUUCUCAAAAAUCAGUACACUCUUACAUGCAAAGAGCAUCCAGCCAUGCUACAAUUUGAGACAGAAAUUGAAUCACUUGCAGCAGACAUUUCUCUGGCUUCUCCACUCGUCUUUUUACACCGCAAUGCCCAUUUCCUCGUUGACAUACAUGAUGCAGUCGAACAGCAGAUGAUGAGCUUUGAGAGAGAGAUCACGCAGACCACUGGACAAAAAUUGGGCCGUGACAAGAAUCCAAAAUUCGCAUACUUUGUGAAUUUCUCAGAAAGCGCCACGUCACGUUACAUCCACAUGGCCUGUGACGUCCUGAGCCCCCGUGCCCCCUCUAAGCAAAACUACAGGAAACAUUGGGUGGCUUUCUGUGAAGAAAAGAAAAAUCCCUCCAGACUUGCAGUUAAUCUAUCAAACCGAUUCACCAACUACUUUGAGGCUGCAGCCGGCCUCAUUCAUCAUCACAAAGAGAUUGCGCUCUUCUUCUCUGAUCUGCUGUUGAUGGACAACGACGACUGUCCCAACGUUAUCUUGGAGAGUGUCACCGCCGACGCCACUGAUGAUGUAAUACAGAGCCUUGUGUGUGCUGUUGCCAUCAUAUACUGCAAAAUCCUCGGUCCUUACUGGCAGCUUCUCAAGAGUGGAGGAGAAUACUUGCUCUUCAGCCAGUAUAUACUCUGUCUCUACCAAAAGCUGCUUGAGUGGUGCAAAAAUCCUUCAACCCUCCUGGAGCCUGAGGUGGUUGCCAACGUGUUUCUGCAGUUCCCAUUGCAAGAGAAAACCUUCGACAGGAUUUUCCAGUAUUGCGGUCAGUGGCACACAAAUAGGGAUCUAAUCAGAGCCUGCUUGAAGAAAAUGGUAAAGGUGAUUGCUGCUGUUAUUGAGGAAAACCUGAUGGAUUUCCUGCCAGGAGGAAAAUAUUCCCAAAGGCCACCAGAAGAGGUCUCUUCACAGGUCGCAAGCUGCACAUUCUCCGUCUUGAUGGGAGAAUAUCCCUUCGGCCAUGCGUACCCGUACAAGAGGAAAAGACCUGACAAGGCCUCCAGACACACCUCAAGCAAUUAUUCAUCAUCAGAUAGCUCACAGGAAGAUAACGACAUGUCCAGCUCAUCUGAAGAUGGCUCUGAGGGAUCUCCACGUCGGUCAGCUCAUAAGAACACCAGCCCCAGCCGAAAAGGUGACCACUCUCAUCCAUCCAAAAGAGCAAACAGUCUCCAUAAAAGCAACAACAAAGACAAGGUGGGAGGAAAUGUGUGGAAACACCAAAAUGAAACGGAGCAUUUUGAGGAGAACAUGGACCGAGAGUACAUAGUACGUACAGUGAUCAAACACGGAGGACCUUGCAAGACCCAGCAGGACGUCGACAAACUGCUCUUGCGUUUUGAUGGAAAACCUCGAGCCGUCACACGGGAAGCUCUUCGAUGUGAGAUCUUGUACCAGAAAAUGGUUCUUGACAACAAUGACCUGAACUUGGAAAACGUAGGCACCACCAAAUCUGUAAUGGCUUAUAAACUGAAGCUUUCACUUCCACGAGUUAAACCUGGAUACAGUGUGGUCCUAGCCCCCAAACGUACACAAGCAAAAUACAUUCCUGCUCAGCCAACAGAGGCUCAAAGUGGUCAGAGUGAAAGCAGCACUGUGUGAAAGCUUUGAUUUGGCCUGCAAAACUUGUUGGGGAGGAAUAGAUAACAUGAUUGAUGCCUUGCAAUGUCAGUGGACAGAAGUUGUGUUGCAAAAAUGAUUGUGUUUGCUCAACAAGCUAAGAAAGCUGUUAACGCUGUUACCUCAACUUUUUCUUGGAUUUAAAAUACAUACUGUAUAUACAGCAUGUGUGUUUCUGUAUACCCUAGCUGUCAUAAGUACUGUACAUUUCAUUAUUGAUGACAAAGAGUACAUUUUGUGGCUUGAUUAGAUAUAUAUUUUUAUAUCACAAAGUGCUAAUUUUCAUCAUUGCCAAAUUUCAUGUGAAUGCUUUUCACCGCUUCUCAAGAAAGUUGGAAAUUAUGUCGCAAAAAGUAGAUGAUGUAAAUAUUUGUUUUAUAUCACAUAGUAUACACUUUGAUCAUACAAAGGACAGUUAUGUUGAAGUUAACAAAAUAAAACCCCUUUUUUUUUUAACUCAGCUUUUUGUUGUCACUGCUUUGUCAUGUCAUCAACCUACAUAAUAAACUAGAAAAAGACAGCCUCA